CGUCUCUAUGGUUAACCUCAAUCAAUAUAAACAAACAAAAAUCUAGUUAGGAUUAGGACAAUAUUGCUUGAUUCAUAGGUUUGUUUACUUUUUUAUUUAAUUGAUGAAAUAAAAAUUCUGCUUUAAUAAUAUGAAUUGUUGUUUGCAUUACGAAUUCAAUUUCAAAGAACUUAUAAGCGAAUUACAUUUAUUAAAUCCACCGGUCUGCUCCAGUCCAGAAAUUACCUGCUCACUACGAACUUUUUGCAGGAACAAUUCAUAGCCUAUAUCUAUUUCAUAAAGAUAAUCAUGGAUAUAGAAGAAGUUGUGCCAGUAAAUUCUGUUGCUUUCGCGGACUUAUGCUCCGUUUUGGAUCAGCUCUACGAAGUACAGAGGAAUCACAGGAAACAACAGAACAAAACAAGGGGUAUAAGAGAGGAACAAGAAAAUAUUUUGAAGAAGUUUUUAAAUGAAUGUAAAUUAGCUUCUGCUAAAGUUACAGAAAAAAAGAAUUCCAGCCUUUUUAAUAUCCUUCGCCUGUUACUCCCCAUGUGGGACCGUGAGAGGAGUCCAUACAACAUGAAACAGAGCAAACUGGGUGCGUUGUUGGUCAAGGUUCUGGCUAUUAAGGACUCGUUAGAUGCGCAGAAGCUUCAGAACUAUAAAUCCGCGGCUACCACUAAUGCGCCGGAUUUUGCUGAGGUCGCCUACAUUGUGCUCAAGAAAAGGUUCGGGGAAAAACCUGGAUACCUAGAUGUGGGGAAAGUGAACGCGCUUUUAGAUAAAAUAGCGACGGCCGAAGUGGGAAAUAAAGGACCUGUUCUUGACGAAGCAUUCAAAUUCGCCCUAAACAAAAUGAGUCCAGCACAGUUCAAAUGGUUUCUGAGGAUCAUACUCAAAGAUAUGAAACUGACGAUGGGAACCAAUCGCAUUUUAGCGGCUUUCCAUCCUGACGCACCGACCUACAACAAAGAAUGCAAUAAUUUAUUUAAAGUUUGCGAGAUGUUUGACGAGGGUAAUACUCGGCCUGUAGAGAUGGGCGUACAGUUAUUCUGUCCAGUUUGUCCUAUGCGCUGCGAACGACUUGAUGUGACGGAGGCAAAUAUUAUUCUGUCUGUGGAUAAAACGUACUUUAUUGAAAACAAAUUUGACGGAGAACGUUUUCAGAUCCAUAUGGAGAAUGGUAUUUUCGAGUAUUUUUCCCGACGAGGCCACAAUUAUUCAGAAAACUAUGGCAAGACUUACGAAUCUGGAUUGUUGACUCCGAAUCUGAAGGACUGCUUUAUAGCCAGCGUCUCCAGCUUCAUAAUAGAUGGAGAGAUGAUGGGCUGGCACAAAUACAGCAAAACAUUUAAAAUCAAAGGUGAACCUUUCGAUGUAAAGAAAAUAACGGAGAAGUCCAGUUUACGUCCUUGUUUCAUUGCAUACGAUGUGCUAAUGUACAAUGGGAGGUCGCUAGUGGGCCAAGCGGCAUCGGGAGGUUUGCCGCUCGCCCAACGUCUGCCGAUGUUAGAUGACAUGUUCCAUGAUGUCACUGGCGUCAUACUGCAUAGUAAGCGGGAGAUUGUUAAGGAUAGAUCGGAUAUAAUGACCAAGUUAAACGAUGCCAUAGAGAAGGAAGAGGAAGGUAUUGUCAUAAAAGAUGCUUCAUCCUACUAUUUGCCCAGCGCGACGCGGGGUGGCUGGUACAAAUGUAAACCUGAGUACACGAAGUCAACAAUGAGUGAUAUGGACCUGGUCAUCAUAGGCGCGGACGAAGCCGCUAACAAGCGACAGGGGCGCGCUAAUACCUUCCACGUUGCCUGUGCAGACGUCACCAAUCCAGGUGAGCCUCCGCUUCGUUGGCUGUGCGUAGGCCGAGUAUCAACAGGCCUAUCGUUCGAAGAACUAAGAACCCUGUGCGCAGCUUUAGAACGGCAUUGGGUGCCGCGGCAAACGAGGCCGCCGCCGGCCGCACUCGUCUUUAGCAAACAGAAGCCUGACUUGUGGAUCUUGCCGGAGCAUUCUGUUGUUUUACAGGUACGAGCUACGGAACUUAUUCGUAGUGCGGAAAGUGCCAUAGGAUAUACUAUACGCUUCCCGCGAAUAGAGCGUCUGCGCGAAGACAAGCCUGUCAACGACGUCAUGACGCUGCAAGAGUUCAAUAACCUCAUAUCUAAUAAAAACAGCGUGACGAAACUAGCCACCAGUUUAGUAAGUGCGGACCAAAUGGAGAGUGGUCAGGUGAAAAUCACGAGAAAGCGGAAAUUAAAAGAAGAGCCAAGAGUAGCGUCACAUUUGCGUGUAAUUUCAUCCACAGAUGUGGAGGCCAAGUCGAGAGCUUUAUUGAAUCGUAAAAUAUGUUUACUGUCGGGCGAUGAAGACUGUUCGAUAGAAGAAUUGGACAGGAUAGUGAGGUCCCAUAGUGGGAUUCGCGUCGCUAAUGUAGGCAAUGACACAUGGUGCGCGGUGGUAGGCAAAUCCACCGCGCUUGCCCUACGCAUCAUUAAAUCUGAAGAGGUUGACGUCACCUCUACAACCUGGCUCCGAUCUCUGGAGCUUUCCCAAGAGCCUUGUCGAAUAGAACCUUUGGAUUUAUUGGCGAUGAAAUGGGAGACUAGGAAAAGCCUUUGUAUGGAAUUCGAUCAAUACGGAGAUAGUUACACCAAGCCGAUUGAUAUGAACACGAUGAAGCGAUGUUUUGAUAAAAUGGACAGUGAACCAAAGAUACACCUAACGCAACAAGAAAUGUUGGAAAUCGACAAGGAGUUAUUCGGCGAAGCCAACCCUUUCUCAUUCUUAAGAUGUUGCUGCAUAUAUUUUAUGAACCAACGCUGCGUUCUGUCCUUUAGAGCGCGAAUGUUCGGGGCUACUGUAUGCAAGGCGUCGUGCCCCGGUCUAACGUACGUGGUUGUAGGAAAAUCGUCGAAAAUUGAAGAUGUCGAGAAAUUAAAAAGUGAAACUGAUGCUUCAUUUGUAACUGAAGAAUGGAUGCAACAGUGCCUUGUUGCUAGAAAAAUAUUGCCGGUGAUAUAAUGAGUUAUUUAUUUGUAUUAAUAAUAAUUAUACACAUGAUA